UUAUACAUUUCCAAUUUUCUAAUUUGCAACGCAAAAGAAGCACUGUAGAAAAUGAAGUCGCCCAAGAAGAUGCACAAGAGUGUGGGGGCUGAGUUUUCGCUAAGGUUGCGGGAGACGCAAAAGGAAGAACCCAUACCGGAGCUGAGCGACCAACAGACCGACGACGACACAGAAUCCGAAUUGCCCAUACGCGGCCGCCCGUCGAAGAAGUUGCUGAUCCAGCAGCAACAGCAGCGCCAAAUACCAGUAAGCCAAUACCAGGUGAAGCUGCAGCCGGAGCUGAACGCCGUAACAGCGGGCGCCACAGCCUUGCCGAACCGCUCAAAGGUGAAGCGGGCGCUCUACAAGAAGAGUGGCUCGGGACACCACAAAACGCCCGGCGAAUCGUAUGUGAUGCGCCUGUUCGAGCGCAGCCUGGACCUUUCGAAGUACAAUGAGAAGACUCCUCUGUAUCCGAUCUGCCGCGCCUGGAUGGCCAACCAGCCGCGCAACCCCGCCGUGUCCACUUACAACACGGAGGGCUCCACUUCCACAGUGAAGCGCGAGAGCGACGCAGAGGAAGUUUUGGCGAAGCUAAAGAGCGGCGAGAUUAAAAUUCUGACCCACAUGCCGAAGCCUCGCUCCACAGACCUGCCAGUGGUCCCACCCCGCCUGGAGUACACCAAGGAGGAGAAGCUGCAGCACAAGAAGCUGGAGGGGGCCGCCAAGGACGAUCUACUCUCCGCCAAUAUGGCUCGCUGGAAGCGCGUACGCGAUCACUGGGAAGAGCAUACUCAAAAGUACAACCACGAGCGCUACGAGGUCAUCGACCAGAUCAUGCAUCAGGUGUCGAAAAUCAUAAAAUAGUCGAAAUGAUAAAUAUUGAUAUUGAAUAAAUGUUUAGUUUAUUUAGUAUGCGUA